AUGGGCGCUGGUGGUAUGUAUCCAAAUUAUCCAUAUACAUAUAAUAAUACAGAUUAUAAUUACCCAUAUCCAAAUAAUAAUACAGUUUAUAAUCGCCCAUAUUAUAAUCAUCAUGGUGGACAUCCACCACCUGGUUAUAUGCCAUCUCCAUCUUAUGGUUAUCCUCCAACAAUUGGUAUGAAUUAUGGAAGAGGUUUUCAUCCGCCUUAUCCUUCAAUGCCUUAUGGUCCUAUGGUAAAUGGUUUUCCGCCAGGUGUAUUUCAUAAUCAAAUAGGUGGAAGAGGUUUUUUAAAUUCACCUCGUACUAUGCCUGUUGGUGUACAAUCUAUUCCACCAAAUGAUAAUCUUCAUGUACAUCGAACUAUCGAGCAUCGACAUGAUGAACAUCGAUCACAUUUUGAUGAGCAUUAA